UAGGAACCGCUCACGAAGCGGGAUAUACGGCCAACACGGAAGAUAACUGAAUAUUUAACAUUUAUGGCGGAAAUAUUUUCUAAAAUAUCUCUAGAAACACACUUCAUAACGCUCGACACGUUUCCUGUUUUAGUAAAGAUUAUGUAUAAGUUAAGAGUGUUCUCAUGAUCUUUGAGCCUAGCAUUCUACUCACGUUUGUUUUACACAUUCAAUGUGUAUCCGUCUAUCAAAGCCAACGCCAUAGAUCGGGGACACAGAGGUAUUAGAUGCACGAAUAAUCUUCCCAGUAUACGGAAAUUCGAUAACAUGGACGAGAUCAGCUCUAUGAAGGAAAAGAUUACCAACAUAUUUGAAACCAACGACAAAGUGUUACAAGUUCUUCAAAAAUGUGAAGCCAUUAACAAUUCUGAUGAAGCACAUGGACGUCGGAUACAUGACUUGAAGGAUUCCCUCCAACGACUGAGGAAACGUACUCAGGAAAGACACAAUGAGUUUCAGGAAUUAGAAGAGAUGACCCGUGAUCUUGGACCUAAGCUAGAACGUGCAGCUACAAUAAUGAGGACAUACAAAGACGUUGUAAACCGAGAUGGUCGUCGAUCGGAGGAUCUAAAUAUUAAAGUUGACCGAAGCGAGUCAAACCUGCAGCCUAUUGUUGGAAGUCCUCUCCGACGGGACAAAAGUCUCCAUGGUCUAGCAAAGAGUCCAGGAACAGCCAUUUCCAGCAGUUUAACUAGACCUGCUUUGAAGAAAAAAUAUGAACAUGCAAUCGAACAACCAGACCAUAUGCAACAAAAAGGACAACAACCAAUGGACACGAUGCUGCAAGACAAAAUAGAUUUGACGACUGCUAUCAAGGAGAUGGCUGAUAGAGCUAAAACAGAAUUACUAAAAGGGGAAGAAGAGAAGCUGCCACGAGGAGAUGGUCCCGACACAGUUUUAUGUUUAGACACUUCCGGCAGUAUGAAAGGCACGGCAUUCUGGGAAAUGAUUUCACUAGCAACCCAAUUUGUUGAUGGCAUUCGACGAAUAUAUCAUGAUAAACGGAUAGACGUAAAGGAGAACAUUGCGGUGUCAACGUUCGGAAAGAAACCUGGGGUACCUAUUCACCUGACCAACCAAUAUAAUAAAGUGACGGAAGUUUUGACGUCACUUAAGCCGGAAGGGCCAAGUCCAUUGCUCGAGGGAAUAUACAUGGCACUAGCAGCAAGCAAAGGAAAUACUACAGGUAAACAAUAUCCCCCGGGCAUGAAUGGAAUCAUUUUUGGUGCGAGGAUCAUACUGAUAUCGGAUGGUAAAGUGACGCCCGACCAAUGGCGUCUGAACGAAGACAUGACCGACCUAGAUGAUAUAGAGGCAUCGAACUUGGUUAAUUCCAAUAUCACAGCCGCGAGCGAUUUACUUCGGUCUUACGGGAAUACCCUUUAUUUAGUUCCGGUUGGAGAUUACACGGAGGGGCCACUGCAACGAAUCGCAAGUCUGUCUGGUGGAGAAGUCAUCAAGAAUCAAGACAUUAAUAGACUGAUAAACCACGCAUUAUUUCAUUUCGUAGCUGCGCUCUUAGUCGAUGAAGGUAGGAGUAUUCAACAACAUGUAGACCUUGAAGGUUUCUUUCGAUCCAAUAUCGGUAUCAGGACGACAAAUCCUGGAGAGCAAGGAUUCGACCAGGACAUGAUGGACGUUUUGACUCUGGCAUUGAAGUUCAACGAACGCCGAGGAAAGGGACACGAUUUUUUAAACAUAAAGGGUAAUGUCAUUGUCUUCGAAGAAGUCAAUUCGUACAUGCUGUGUAUUGGAACACGUGUCCGACGAAACCCGACCAGGAAAUGGACUGAAGCAGACCAUGUCGGUCCCGGGACUAUUGUUAACCAUGUUUCUGACAGUGAGGUAUUAGUUCUGUGGGAUUGCGGUUGCUUGGACGUUUGCCGCUAUGUGCUUGGGAUUCAUGACGUCAUUGCGGUGAAUGAGAAGAAGAUAUUGGCUGCCGGCAAAGAUGUAGGUGUCGGAUGUACUGUUAAACGAGGCAGGGACUGGACGUUUGGAGAUGAGGACGGGGGUAUUGGAGCUGUGGGUGUUGUAUGCAUUGUAUGCUAUGAAGAACGUGUACUCGUACGAUGGCCAAACAAAAAGUUGAAGAUUCACCGCUUCGGUGCUGAUGGAAGAUUUGAAGUAGAAUUAAUGCCAGGACAUCGCAGCACGUCUUCAACAUCCGUUUUGCCGCCUAGAAUGAAGGAUGGCUACAGGGAAGACAAACCAAAAGAGACUAACACUGAAAUGACUGAUGAAGAUAUGAAGUGUCUAAAUCUAGAAGUAGGUGCUAGUAGAUACAUCGAGGACCAGUCAGAUUAAUGGGUUAUAAGUUGAAGCUUAUUAUACAAGUAUGGAUGACAUUGGCGAUGAUUAUAAAAGUGGAUAAUGUUAUAAUUUUCUGACAGCAUUUUAACAAACGUGGUAUAUAUAUUCGGUUCACAAAAUACAAGGUAGACUGGACCUUGGGAGACUUCACAAUAUUAUUUUCUGUGUGGGCGUAGAAGGCAGUACCCAUACAUGCAUGGUUUGGUUUAUUUUGCUUAACGUCCUAUUAACAGCCAGAGUAUUCAUGGAAGCAAAAUCGAGGCAUGUAGACUUCCGGUUGACAUUUAUCAAUAUUCACGGCUAUUUUUUAAUUUUCGAUAUGAAUAUUCUGGUAAAUUCCGUAUUUAGUUUUUCUAAAACAUUAUUUUCAAGAGAGGGGAAUGACAUGCAGUUUGUUCCGAGACGUAUAAUUAAUUCUACUGCAUAGCGAGACGACAGCAAGGUGAAAUUUUGGGUAUCUUAUCUAACAUCUUACCCUAAUAUGAGAUAGAGUGGACCCUCGAUAAACCGAACACCUUCGUUCCCAGCCCAAAGCGUCCGGACUGCCGAAUUUCGUCUAUCAGGUCAAAAAAAUUGUCAUGUAAGAGUUAUCUCCCUUGAUUAUAUACAAUCCGGGACGUUUCAUCAACCACGUCUAAUUGUCAGUCUUUUUAACAAUAAAUAUACUUAUGUUUC